GCGGGGCUCUUCCCGGAGGAGGCGGGGAAGUUCCACCCCCCGGAUCUCCGGCUUCCGGCAACUGGGCUGGACCGAAACCGGCGCAGAGCAACUGAGGCUCUAGCUUUCCCGGGACCCAGGGGACGCCUAGUCCCGCAAGACCCCUGCAAAUUUUCUUCCUCACAACUGGGAGAAGAUUCACUGGCCGAAUGGCAGCAGUAGAUGACUUGCAAUUUGAAGAAUUUGGCAAUGCAGCCACUUCUCUGGCAGCAAACCCAGAUGCCACCACAGUAAACAUUGAGGAUCCUGGUGAAACCCCAAAACAUCAGCCAGGACCCCCAAGAGGCUCAGGAAGAGAAGAAGAUGAUGAGUUACUGGGAAAUGAUGACUCUGACAAAACUGAGUUACUUGCUGGACAGAAGAAAAGCUCGCCCUUCUGGACAUUUGAAUACUACCAAACAUUCUUUGAUGUGGACACCUACCAGGUCUUUGACAGAAUUAAAGGAUCUCUUUUGCCAAUACCCGGGAAAAACUUUGUGAGGUUAUAUAUCCGCAGCAAUCCAGAUCUCUAUGGCCCCUUUUGGAUAUGUGCCACGUUGGUCUUUGCCAUAGCAAUUAGUGGGAAUCUUUCCAACUUCUUGAUCCAUCUGGGAGAGAAGACAUACCAUUAUGUGCCCGAAUUCCGAAAAGUGUCCAUAGCAGCUACCAUCAUCUAUGCCUAUGCCUGGCUGGUUCCUCUAGCACUCUGGGGUUUCCUCAUGUGGAGAAACAGCAAAGUUAUGAACAUCGUCUCCUAUUCAUUUCUGGAGAUUGUGUGUGUCUAUGGAUAUUCCCUCUUCAUUUAUAUCCCCACCGCAAUACUGUGGAUUAUCCCCCAGAAAGCUGUUCGUUGGAUUCUAGUCAUGAUUGCCCUGGGCAUCUCAGGAUCUGUCUUGGCAAUGACAUUUUGGCCAGCUGUUCGUGAGGAUAACCGACGAGUUGCAUUGGCCACAGUUGUGACAAUUGUGUUGCUUCAUAUGCUGCUUUCUGUGGGCUGCUUGGCAUACUUUUUUGAUGCACCAGAGAUGGACCAUCUCCCAACAACUACAGCGACUCCGAACCAAACAGUUGCUGCAGCCAAGUCCAGCUAAUGAGGAAAUGCUUAACACAGUGCUGUCACGGAGAAGAGAGAGAGAGAAGGAUGGGCAAAGGUAGCUUUGGGAUCUGGCUGGGAGUGAGUCAUUGGGUUUCCAAGAAAAUAGAAGAAAACUUUUUAAAGCAUCAUCUUUCUUCCAACAGUAAGCUCUACUUUGAGCAUCAAAAUCAGACUCAAGGCUCAAGAUUUGGGGAACUGGUGGCAGCAGACUGCUCUGGUAUUGGAGUUAUACCUCUAAACAUACAUGAAUAUCCUUUUAUACAAUGUGGCUCUUUCCUUUUGUGGGGGUUCUUUAUCUUGAAAGUUUCCCGUUUUGUUUUUCAGUUCUCUUUUGUUUUUUGGAGCAUGGUUCUUUGGGAAGUGGCAUCCACUGCAGAAAAGCAGAAUGAGCAGAGCCAGCAAAACUGAUGGAGUGGCACAAACUCCCAGUGUCUGGAUGGUGCCAUACUGGCGCCUAAUCACCCGUUUAACAAGCAGAAAUUAAAUGUUGCUCAGCACAUGUGUCUUUCAGCUCUUCUUUUUCACCCAUGGAUGGUCAUUGUGAGCAUGCGCUGAUUGGACCGAAAUGCCAGGGAAUGGGUUAGGCAUGCUCAGUGCCGUCCCUUUGCCACCCACAGUCAAAUGACAUGCUUCGCUGUGGUACCUUAAUACCCGAAACAGACCCAUGCUAAAUUCUGAUGCCCUCUCUCUAAAUUAUGUACAGACUACCUGGGGGAUCCUUUUCUCCCCGAAUGCUAGCCAUCCUGAAGUAACCGAACAGUAGUAGAAACUUUGGUGGAGAUUAACCGGGAGCUUGAAAAUUUGUCUUUGGUAACCUGAUACUGGACAGCUGAACUGAAUGGUUGCAAAAUAAAUACCUCACAUGAUG